GAAUACGUUGCUCGUUUUGGUCAUGGAAGUGCAAAAUUGGCAAGGCAAGCACAAAGUAAAGAGAAAACAAUGGCAAAGAUGAUUGCUGGUGGUUUAACAGAAAAAGUCGUUUUGGAACAAACAAAACAAUUUUACUUUUUCGAGCCUGAUAAUAUUCCACCACCUGUGAUUAUGGUACAACAUGUUAGCUUUAGAUACAAUUCAAAUUCGCCUUGGAUUUACCAGGAUCUUGAUUUUGGAAUUGAUUUGGACACUCGAGUUGCUUUAGUUGGACCAAACGGAGCUGGGAAGUCGACACUUUUGAAAUUGCUCGCAGCCGAUUGUGAACCGACAGAUGGAAUGAUUCGAAGACAUUUACACUGUAAAAUUGGAAAAUAUCAUCAGCAUCUUGUUGAAGAAUUACCUUUGGAACUCAGUGCCCUCGAAUAUAUGCAAAAAGCAUUUCCUGAUGUUCGAGAAAAGGAGGAAAUGCGUAAAAUUAUUGGUCGUUAUGGACUUUCAGGAAGAGAACAAGUUUGUCCGAUGAAACAGUUAUCAGAUGGUCAACGAUGUCGUGUAGCUUUUGCCUGGUUAGCUUGGCAACAACCACACUUGUUACUUUUUGACGAACCGACAAACCAUUUAGAUAUGGAAAGUAUUGAUGCACUUGCUGAGGCUAUCAAUAAUUUUGGAGGAGGAAUGAUUUUGGUUUCCCACGACUUUCGAUUAGUUCAACAAGUUACUGAUGAAAUUUGGGUUUGCGAUAAUAGAAAAGUUACCAAAUGGGAUGGUGACAUUUUCUCCUAUAAACAACAUUUACGUGAUCGUAUUGAAAAUCGAAAAAGAAUAAUGACUGAACGAUGA